AUGAGCGGCAUACCCGUCGUCGACUUCGGCACCUUCCUGCACGGUAAAGCGGAGGGUCAAGGGAGGAUCGCCAAGGAAAUCGAUGAUGCAUUUCGUAGUGUGGGCUUUGUCUACCUGAAGAACCAUGGUGUGAGGAAGGAGCUAGUGGAUGAGUGCUUUGCCUGGUCGAAGAAGUUCUUCGCUCUGCCGCUUGAGACGAAGAUGCUGGCUCCGCAUCCGCCGGGCGGCAGUCAUCAUCGUGGGUACUCGGCUCCAGGCGUGGAGAAGGUCAGUCAGGGUGUUUAUGAUGUCAAUGAGCUGAAUAAGCUGAGGGAAACGCCUGAUUACAAAGAGUCCUUCGAGUCGGGCAACGUGAAAGAUGAGGCCCAGCCAAACAUAUGGCUUCCAGAAGAUAAGCUUCCAGGCUUUCGUGCAUUCAUGGAAAAGUACUUCGUCGAGUGCGCUAGUCUAAUCCACAGCAUCCUCGAUGCUCUCUCCAUCGCCCUCAACGUCCCUGCACCAGGUCUCUCUCCUACCCACUCGCAUUCGCUCUUCCAACUCCGGCUUCUGCACUAUCCCCCCAUCGAUGCCGAACAGCUACGCAACAACGAGCGCAGUAGAAUCAACGCGCAUUCCGACUUUGGCACGCUCACCCUGCUAUUCCAAGACAAUGUCGGUGGUCUGGAAGUAGAGGCCCCUGCUAGACCAGGUACUUUCCGUGCUGCAGAGUCCAUCGCCGACACUGUGUUGGUCAACAUCGGAGAUCUCAUGGCGAGAUGGAGCAACGAUCGCUGGACAAGCAGCGUGCAUCGUGUUGGCCUACCCCCGGUCCCUCCAAAGGCCACUGAAGACGGCAAGCAUAACAACAGAGAGACAGUAGUACCAGAUCGCUACUCAAUCCCUGUGUUCGCGACACCAAAUAUGGAUACGGUUAUUGAGGCGUUGCCGGGUUGUUGGGGUGAAGAGAAGCCGAAGAAGUACGAGCCUGUAACCGCGUGGGGUAACAAGCGUCGGGAAGAUCCGCUCCAACUCAAGUCACUCAGAGAGAAGCAAGAGAUAGAAGAGGCCAAAAGAUUCAAAAGUCCGGCGCCUAUCGCAAAACUUCAGCGUCCGGGAGGCUCGACAUUGUCUUUUCGUACCCUCAUGACAGGCGUUUGGGAUUACGAUCAUCUUGGCAAGCUCGUCUUUGAUCAGAAGCUCAAGGACAAGAGGCAAGGUUACAUUACGUUCGGCAAGAAUGCUUUAGUGAUUUACCUGCGGGCAGAAACCGCCGAAGCCUUCAACUGGCAUUGCAGAAUUGACAUUGAUUAUGCUACUAUAGAGCACAUCAUUCCGUCUCGCGGCAAUGGCCAACACGGAACGAUAACAUUCACCCUCAAGUCUCCACCGAAGUUUUACGACAUUCAGUCGACCAAUGAUCUACACUUGUAUGCCGGUGAGCAAGCACCGAAUGACAUAUCUGCCGCAAUGUCGAGACUUGGCAUCAAGCCGCCGAAACCGGUUCUUCGGCUACAGAGACUAUGCAAGUUGAGUAGAUCGCACGAUAUGAACUCCGCUUUGUGUAUGGUCUACAAGAUCGCCUUCUCCGACACCCGAAGCGUUGAUCUCGCUUGGACCUUUGUUAAGCCCUUCUUCGCGGGAUCUAACACCAAAUGGUUGAAGACCAUAGAGCCCAACGUUUUGACGAGCAGUAUCGAACAUGAGUAUGCAGUUGUCAACAAUAUGCUUAGCGACUAUGGCCCAUCCUUCCCGCAGUCCUUCACGUUCAAUAUCCGUUACCAACUCACGGCGCUCAUGCUAGAGGGUACAAUUGCCCCGUGGAAGAUGAUGGAAUUGAUGCCAGUAGUACAAAACGCUGCUGAGAAGCAUGGUGCAGAACUCACCGCGAACGCCGUUCGUCUCCUUGGAAAGCGGAUACCAACGCCUACACCAGGGGUUAAGGCGGCAGAUCUUACUGCAAACGCAGUCAGUCGCCGAGGAAAGCGGAUACCAACGCCUGCACCAGCUAUUGAAGCGAAAAGCUUUAUGAUCAAGACGAUUAAGCUCAUUCUUGAUGAGAGUAUCGAAUGUUGUGAACGUCUUGAGGAACUUUCCCGGACCUGGGACGUCAAACAGAAGAAGCAAAACCACCUCGCCUUAACAUACAAGGCUACGGUCACACCUACCGGUAUCCUGCUACGCGGCCCUGACUGGGUCGUUUCCAAUCGUAUACUGAGGAAGUACAACACCCACACCCAGUUCUUCAUGCGAGUAUUCUUCGCAGAUGAGGACGAGCUACCGGCUGACGUUGUACGCCGACAUCCAGACACAACAUUCUCUGUGCCAAUCUCGAAAACCGCCUAUGUAAACGAAAUGAAGGACGACGUCACGAGAAACAACCGUACAUUCAGUGACGGCUGCGGAACCUUGUCAUUGAACCUCUUCCAGAAAGUUUGGAACGCCUUCCAGCCGGACCGUAGAGCACUCAGGCCAACGGUGCUUCAGAUCCGGUUCAGAGGUGCGAAGGGCGUACUAUCUCUAGAUACAACAUUGCAAGGUGAACAACUCCAUGCCCGAAAGAGUAUGACAAAAUACGUCGCCAAAGAAGAGUGGAGGGAUUUGGAAAUCUGCGGAGCUGCCUACAGGCCUCUCAGAGUAUAUUUGAACCACCAGUUCAUCAAGAUCCUUGAGGAUUUACGUAUACCUGCGAAAAACUUCAUGGCAGUUCAGGAUGAAGCUGUCACAGAACUGAAACUCUUGACGGAGCAUCCUAUAAAUGCAGCCAGCCUUCUCGAAUACUCCCACUCGGGUGAUCUCGCGAGAGUCCCGUCACUGUUUCGACGAAUGAAUGAGAUGGGUCUAUCAUUCCACGCGGACAGCUUCCUCACCGACAUUGUGGAAGUGGCAGCUAUGUCAAGCCUGAGGGAUAUCAAAUAUCGCGCGCGUAUUCCAAUCAAGAACGGCUACCUCCUUUAUGGAAUCAUGGACGAAUGGAAUGUUCUGAAAGAGGGCGAGGUCUACAUUCCGCUACAAGAUUACGAUACGAACGACAAACUGAAGAGAACCAUACUCGUUGGCGAGCGAAUAGUCAUCACGAGAGCCCCUGCACUACACCCAGGCGAUAUCCAGGUCGUCAAAGCAGUCGACGUUCCAGAAGGUUCACCCCUCAGAGCACUGCACAACUGCGUCGUAUUCUCACAGCAAGGUCCGCGGGAUCUGCCUUCGAAGCUAAGUGGUGGUGAUCUUGAUGGAGAUCUAUUUCACAUCAUCCACGACACUCGAUUGAUUCCGAGAAUCGUUUAUCAACCCGCUGACUACCCAUCCACGCCGGCAAAGGACUUGGGGCGGCCGGUAACUGCCGACGAUAUUGUUGACUUCUUUAUCGAAUAUAUGAAUAUGGAUCGAUUGGGACAGAUUUCGAACAAGCACAAGAUCCGCGCUGAUAAGGCUCCUGCUGGCACUCUGGAUCGAGAGUGCCUGCUUCUUGCCAAGCUCGCAUCCGACGCCGUUGACUUUGGCAAAUCCGGAAUUCCUGCAAGCAUGGCUCAGAUACCCCCAGGUGGUGAUCACAUCCGCCCCGAUUUCAUGGCUCCAGGAUCGAAUCUUAUCGUCAACGAUUUGGGCGCAGCUGAGCUCGAGGAGCUCGAGGGCGACGACUUCGACGAGGUGAGUGUGCUGAACGCUGAGAAACCCAGAAGUUCAUAUUACACAAGCACAAAGAUCCUAGGAGUUCUGUAUCGACGUAUCGACGAAAAAACGUUCUUCGAUAAGAUGAAGAACGCCUACCGAACAUCUCACCAUCGCCGGGGUGAUGAAACGUUGGUACAGAAGCUCAAGCGAUAUGUGAUACGAGAGACCCGUGGAGUACAAUGGGAACAUCAUUGGGAUUUCGCAGAACAACUCCGUGAAGCGUACGAAGAGAACAUGUUCGAAAUCAUGGACACACACCGUCCGUCUCGAGGCUCACGUCUCACCGAGCUUGAGGUGUUUAGCGGUAACAUCCUCGGCAAGAAAGAUCGUGCACCAUCCCGCUACGUGCGCGAAGCCAAUCUCGAGGUUCAAGAACGCUUCAAUCGCGAUGUCAGCGACAUGAUCAAGAGCAUAGUAAUGGGUGAUGGAGAUUGGGAUGGCGAUGCAGAUUCGGAGGCGUUGCCGCGCUCCAUUGCGUGCUUCAUGGUCGCGCUGGAGACAGAUGGUUGGGAGAACUACCGCACGUUGAGGAGCUGGAAGUACGUUGCUGCUGCGGUGUGCUUGGAGCAGUUGUGGAAGUACAACAACGGGUAUUUGCGCCGACUCUGA